CUUAGGCUGAAUGGCCGAUUGAUAAAAAAAAACGGGCGGUGGGGCGGCGAGCGCGCCCGCGCUGUAUCUGCAUGUCCUUCUGGGCGGCUGCCAAGGGCCGCGCGGCGCCCCCGGCCGGGGUGGGAGUCCCCUGUAUAUAAGCCGCCGGCUCCUGCCGACGGGCACACCUCGCCGAGGAGAUCCACCAGCCUCUCCUGUCCCCAGAGAGACGCCUCCGCCGCGAGACGAAGACUUGCCGGAAACGGUCUGGUGUCGUCCGCAUCCAACACCUCGACGACGACCUCCUACACGCCUGUCAUCAUGAGGACAGCAAUGGCGCUGGUGUUGUGUGUUGUUGUGGCAGCUACGGCUCCUCUGCAGAGUUUAGCGUUCCCGCAGAGGGCGAUGAUGUUCAGCGGCUACUUCGGCCGGCCGGUGCCGGCGCAGUACUACCCGCGCACGUACGGCCGGCCGGGCUUCGUGACACGCGGCUAUGAGCCGCAGGGCGCCAUGUCGGCUUUCGCCGCCGGCAACACGGUCGCCGCGGGCUCUGGCUUCUACGGCGGCGCCGACGGCAACGGCAACGGCAACGGCAACGGCAUAGGCUACGCCAACGGCAACGGCUACAGCAACGGCAACGGCUACAGCAACGGUAACGGCGCGGCGCUCACCCCCGACUGCAGCCAGUGCAACGGCGUAGUGCCGCCCCCGGGCGCCAGCGCCGAGCAGCCCGAGCCGGAGGCGGAACCCGAGUCGCAGCCGCAGCCGCAGCCGUUGCCGGAAGCCGCUCCCGCCCCCGCGCCCGCCCCCGGCUCCCAGGAAGAGCCCGGCGUGUCGCAGGAGCAGCCCGCGCUGCCGCCGCCCUCCGCCGAGGCUGACGACUCAGACUUCCCCAGCGACCAGCCCGCCACGCCCGCUCCCGUAGCGCCGCCGGCGUCCGCCGAAGUCCCAGAGGAGGAGAGCGGCCGCGACUUUUCACACAAGCACGAGCCGAAGCCGGCAAGCAAGCCCGGCCGCAAGCGACCGGCGCAGGACAGCGCCGACGACGAUGACGACGACGACGACGACGACGAGGAUGACUUCCCGAUCGGCGGGCUGCCGCUGCCGCUGCCGGGCAAGCGGCGCAAGGGCCACGGCGGCUUCUACAGCUCCUACUUCCCCAUGUUCUUCGGCGGGUUCCCCGGAGGCCGCAGCAGCGGCGGCGGCGCCGACGGGACGCCGGGCGUGGCCACGGCCAUCGCCAACAGCUUCAGCACGGGCAAGGGCGCCGUCGCCACCAGCCACGCCACAGCCUACGGCGGGCCCCACCUGCUCGGCGCCUCCGGCUCCAAUGGCUACAGGAAAAACGGGUCGAAGGCCCGGCUCACUUCGCGAGCGUAGUACCAGCCUCUGCCGCUGCCGCCCGUCGAGAACAGACGCCGGCCGCUGCAGCUAGCGUCGUUCGCUUCCUGGUCCACCGCAAACGACCGCUCGCAGCCACCACCACAGACUCCUGAUGGUCCCGGCGGCCGCCGUGGCGGCUGGCAUCGCCGCAGACGCUCGCUCGCCGGACUCUCGCUAUUUAAAUACUUACCUAUCACAGUUUUAUGUAUUAAAGAACUCUGUCUGUAGUUAGAACCAUAAAUAAACUAAUAUUUUAACUAUA